AUGGCGGCGGGAGCGCGGCGGCGGCGGCGGCUCCUCCCGGCCUGGAUGGGGGCGGCGGCGUACAAGCCGCCGGCGCCGGCGGAGCCCCCCAAGGCCGGGCGGCGGCAGGCGGCGGCGGUGGGGCCCAGGGCGGCGGCGGCGGUGGUGUACUGCAUGAACGAGGCGGAGCUGGUGGACGUGGCCCUGGCGGUGCUGGCCGAGAAUCUACAGUGUGAGGAAGGUGAGGAGAAGGCCCGGUCCCGGAGCGAAGAGGAGCAGGAGCAGGAGCUCCAGCCAACACCCAACGAGGCUCCUGGAAACACAGACAGCACGGGGGGAGGCAGCAACCACAGUCCGGCUCCCCCAACCCCUCCUGGUGCUGGUGCUGACACACAGAGGACAGGCUGGGAGGACUCUGAUGACGAUGUUCUGAAAUAUGUCAGGGAGAUCUUUUUCAGCUAACGGUGCCUCCUCUGCGGCUCCCCAGGAGCAAAGGGGACAGUGGCAAGGGUGUCCCCUCCCACAGCGUUGCAGAUGGCAGGAGGAGGGCCUGUGGUGGGCUGUGUGUCCACUGUGUAUGUGGCCUGUGGAGCUGACAGGAGGCCCACAAAGGCCAUGGGGGAAAAGGAAAGGGGCACUCACUUCUCCCAGUGUGUGCUGACUUCAGUAGGAUUUGGCUCCAGAUUAGGUUAUGUUAAUUUCUGUUUGGCAUAUCGGAGUAUGGAAAGAUUAAAUGGGAUAUUCUGGUUUC